GAGAUCUUCGCCCCAGUAAGAAAAAGAAGCUGGAGACGCAGAUUGGCACACACCCCUUACUCACUCUUUGCAAUACGCCACCCAUUUCCUCAGCCGCCUUCCUGCUCUUUUAAAGCGGCCCAGCUGGGAGGGCAAAAGAGGAAAGAAAAACGUUCUCAGGUGGAUAAAGGAGACAAUACUAUUUGGGGGGAAAGAUUGUGAAAUCUAAGAAGGGGUAGCUCUCUGUUUCUACACUCACAACUUCCUCCUUGGAUGUUUCGAUGUGCCCUUAAAGGGUGAAGGCAGGAAGCUGCUGGCAUUUCUGAGAGCCCUGGCAAAGGAGCUUGCAAUCAGUUACCUGGGGAUGACCACAGGAGGGAAGACCUCAUGGCUGAGGCUGGUGCAAAGCAUCCAAGUUUGAUGCCCAUUCUUGCCGCUGCCCAGCUUUCUCGCAUUGACUGCCGCGCUUACCAUUCCCUCUGCCAUGUUAUCCGCGUCACACUGGAAGAGCCUCCGUCAAACGUUAAUGGUGCUGUUCACCGCCACGCUUCUCAUUGGAAUAACCAUGCUGGCCCUCUCCACUGACAUCAACCCUGUUGGGUUUUUCUUCAUUGCAGUGGGGGGUCUGUGUUUGCUUGGCUACCUCAUUAGUUUGGCAGCGGAGUUCUACCUGAAGCAACGCAAUCCAGCGGAAGAAAAUAAUCCAGGCUCGCGGAGACAAAGUCAGGCUGGCAUAGACAAUGAGGCCUAUGAGGCCCCGGCAUAUGAGGAGGUGAUGACUACUGGCUACUUAUCGGGACCAACCAUCUGGACCAUCACCUCCAGUCCAGGGACAACCCCAGUGGAGCCCCCUCCGUACAGCGUGGUCAUUGAGCCUCCUGCCCACGGAGAGACUGUGGUCGAGGCGUUCAGUGUUUCGGUGGCACCAGGCACACGCCGUGCCUCGGAGGCAGAUCUACAGUCCAGGUUUCGCCUCAGGUUGCUCAUGCCGCCAAAACUGCAGCGAUUUGUCUCGGAUACCCAUGAACUCAAAGGUGUUGAAGAGCGAGCAGAACGUCCAGAGCCCCUCACACCCCCUCCUGCUUAUGAGAACGCAACUGUGGAGGAGAUCCUUGAAGAAGAAUUUCAGCCCUCCAGGGUAUGAGAACAGUGCACCGUGGACAUCUUUUUGUCAGACUUUCUUCGGUGGUCAUCCUGUUUCAAUCCAUACGAUAUGAGAAACAUGGCCUGUGUGCAAGAUGUUAGCUGCUGUACCUGCUUUUUAAGAGCUCUCCUGAGAAAUCCGCACAUACAGGUCUGCGUUUCUCAUGGGAAAUACAAAUAUACAGUAUAUAAAAAAACGAACUUGUGUUUUCUGACAUUUCCAGAAUGUUCUUGGACUUACAGUGUAGACUGCUUGGAAGCUGGCUUUAAAGAAGGCUGGACUGAUUGGUGUAAUGAUUGCUGCUCCUUUUUAAAAAAAUAACCACAUCUGAAACCAAAUAAACUGAGAGGGCAAAUCUGGGAUCAAAACUACGAACCACAUCUUAAUGAUUUCCAAAACCUGUUUAAAAGCUUUGAGUCUGAGAGUUUGCAAACUGAGAUUAAUAAGGAAUUCAGCUUCUGAAAAUAGCACUCAAUCCAUAUUUCUUUAUUGUGGAACAAACUGCAUAUUAUGUGCAGAACAGUGAAUUUGUAAAUAUGUAAAAUCAUAAACAUUGAUUAUGUACAAUUGAUGCUGAGACAUGCAAUUGCUUCCUGCCCUUUUAAGAAACAUACUAGCUGAUUACCAAGGAAUUCUGUAAUGAAAGAAUAUAUGAAAUUAUUUGAAUACAGAAAAUCUAUCUGGAAAUCUAUUGCAGCCAGAAUACAACUGAUGGAAGUCAUUUGUUGACCAAGUCUUUUCCUCAGCAUUGCAAACAGUAUAACUUUAAGAAACUUGAAAACAAGACAAUCUGUUUAACAACUGUGUUUAUUGUCUAACAUAUCAUGUACGCUACUGGGUGUCAAAAACAGAUGACAGGCCAAGGGACAGGAGAGUAUGGAAGCCUGGAGAUGGAAUGGAAAAUGGGUAAAGUGUUGCUGUAUUUAGUCAUCUGAAACUGGGUCCAGAAUGGAUGGACAUAGGGCCGACCAAAGGCAAACAGACUAUUCUCCCAGGUUACAGGUGUGGGUGAAUCCACUUUCAGAUGUGGAAGCAAAUUCCAUUGAUAUCCAAGGGAUUUACUAUUGAUUUUAAUCAUCUUUUAAAUGUUUUUAACUAUCUGUUUUUAUCAAUAAUUUCAAUAUUUUAUAUUAUAUUUUUGUACA